AUGGGGCUCAAGUCAAUAACGCAGCACUUCAACAAGCGCCUCUUCGCCUCCGUCCUCCUCAUCGCCUUGUCACAAUUCAACUAUGGCUUUGACAACCAGGCCUUCACCUCGACGCAGGCCAUGGACGCCUUCGAGCGGCAGUUCGGCGAGUACAACCCGGCCAAGAAGACGUGGGAGAUCCCGACCUACUUCCUCUCGCUGCUGAACAGUCUCAACUACAUCGGCUUCGCCGCAGGUCUCGUCAUCGGAAGCUUGACGAGCGCCCGCUUCGGCCGCCGGACGACAAUGUUCGUCAUGAGCGUGUACGCCUUGAUCAGCGCGACGGUCGUGGUCACUUCGACGAGGAAGGAGCAGAUCCUGGUGGGCCGUAUUCUCAACUAUGUCUACGUCGGCUUUGAGCUUUCCGUCGUGCCCGUCUUCCAAUCGGAGAUCGUCCCGGCACCGGUCCGCGGCAUGGUAGUAGGAACCUACCAACUCGCCAUCGGCCUCGGCGGUCUGGUCAUCAACUCAAUCUGCCGCGGGACCUCGCAGUUCCAGGAUAGCCGCGCCUACAGAAUCCCCUUCGGCCUCUUCUACGUCAUCCCCACCAUCGUGAUCUGUCUGAUCUGGUUCAUUCCCGAGUCUCCCCGCUGGCUCCUCCUCCGCGACCGCGUCGAAGAAUCCAAGAAGGCCCACCACGCCCUCCGCGCCGGCACCAUGUCCGACGACGCCAUCGCCCUCGAGUUCGCCAGGAUCCAGCAGUCGCUCCUCGACGAGCCGGAGCAGGGCCGCACGCGCGAGCUCUUCCAGGGCGUCAACCUCAAGCGCACCGCCAUCGCCGUCGGCAUGUCUUUCUUCCAGCAGGCGACGGGCCAGGCCUUCGCGAGCCAGUACGGCGCCGUCUGGGUCAAGUCGCUGGGCACCCUGAACCCGUUCGACGUGACGCUGGGGUCCUCGGCGCUGACGAGCGGGUUGAUCAUCACGUGUCUGUUCCUGACGGAUCGCGUCGGACGACGGAAAAUCCUCCUCCUCGGCUCCUUCAUCCAGGCAUCGGCCCUCUUCACGAUGGCAGGCCUCGGCGUGCGCACCCCGGUCCCGGACUCGUACAAGUCCGGCAUGGUCGGCAUGCUCCUCCUCUUCGGCGCCGGCUUCGGUCUGGGAUGGGGCCCGCUCACCUACGUCGUGGUCACGGAGAUACCCGCCCUGCGCCUGCGCGACAGGUCGCAGCGCGCGUCGUCGCUGGUGAACAUCUUCAUGAACUUCCUGGUCAACUUCACGCUGCCGUACCUCCUCAACGCGCCGUACGCCGCGCUGCAGAGCAAGGUCGGCUUCAUCUUCGGCAGCAUCGCCGUGUGUUCGGCGCUGUUCGUCUUCUUCUGCGUGCCCGAGUGCAAGGGGCGUAGUCUGGAGGAGAUCGACCGCAUGUUCCACGAGGGCGUGCCCGUGAGGCACUUUGGGGAUCACCCGAGGUUUCAGGCGGGUGUUGGUGCGGGCAAGGAGACGGAUGAGGAGGAUGGUGCGGAGAGGCACACUCUUGCGGCGAAGUCGAGCGAGGUGGCUUAA